ACUGUUACAACGUACUGAACGUUCAACGGAACUGACCGCAAACGCAAGGUUUGAUUUUGAUUGAGCUAAGCGAACGUUUUGCAAACAUUUUUUUUUAAUUAUUAAAUUUUUUAAUUUAAAACUUAAAUAGUUUUUAAUAAUAAAAUUAAGUGUUUUUAAAGAAAAAAAAAUAAAAUAAAAUAAAAGUCAAUAAUGCAAUAUUCGCGUUUCAAUCUUUUGUUGCUGCUCGGUUUGGCUGCUGUGGCUCACUCCGUUCCACUUGGUGAUCCAGAAUGUCCAGAGAAAAUUGGUGUUCAAGCUUAUGCACAUACUGAGCAGUGCGAUCAAUUCUUCUUAUGCACAAAUGGUACACUAACACUAGAAACAUGUGAAAACGGUUUACUUUUCGAUGGUAAAGGUGCAGUACACAAUCAUUGUAAUUAUAAUUGGGCUGUUGACUGCAAAGGACGUCAAUGGGAUCCUACACCAAUUUCUACACCUGGUUGCGAAUAUCAAUUUGGCAUAUAUCCAGUAUCCAAAGAAUGUUCAACAACAUACAUCAAAUGCGAAUAUGGUGAACCACAUGAAUCAGAUUGUGAUGCUGGUUUAGCUUAUGAUGAGCGCAUACAUGGUUGCAAUUGGCCCGAUCAAUUGUUGGAUAGCUGUAAUCCAGAAGCUGUUGUUGGUUUCAAAUGUCCCACAAAAGUCGAUUCCGGUUCACCAGCUGCUCGUUUUUGGCCAUUUCCACGUUUUCCUGUUCAAGGUGAUUGUCAUCGUCUCAUUACAUGUGUUGAAGGUUACCCACGUUUGAUUUCAUGUGGAGAGGAUAAGGUUUUCGAUGAGAAUACUUUAACAUGUGAGGAUCCAGAAUAUGCAACAUCCAAAUGUGGUGGUUUUGGCAAAUAAAUAAAAUUAAUUAAAUCAAUUUUUCUCUUCUAUAAAAAUUAAUUCGCUUUGAACU